GGGAUUGACAACUUACAACACGGAAGUUCACCUGGACAUAAACGUUAGUAUAGAGUUACACCGUGGGAAGUUUGUAAUCGUUUCGCUCCUUAGAAUGUAGACAACAACAACAAAAAAACUAUGACUCUCUCUCUCAACGAGCUUCCAAGGGAUUCUCUCCCCACCGUGGUGAAGUUAGAAGAAGACUUUCUUCCCGUGGGGUCGGGGGAGUACCAGACUAUGGGGUCGGGGGUUGAGCUACGAAAGGGGGAAAUUCUGACCGUCCAUUUCGUUCGAGAAGUUACGAAGAUUCACACGCAAGACCAGGAGACUGGUGCAGAGUUCUACAUUCCUCUCCACUGUCAGCAACUUUUCGAGAGGCUUCCAAGAGACCCCCGACACGACGACAAGUUGUUUCUCGGUGCCGGUCCCCUGUUCGAGUGCGACCCCCUCCCGGAGAUAGUACGGUCCAUCGAUAACUUCCUGUCCAGUGACGAGUACGGCACGUUAGAGGAGAACGACAUUGUGUACAUCCACGGGCUGGACUCUAAACUGGACCACUGGGGAAAACGGGUGAUCCUGGGAGUGAACCAGGACGGACGGGAGGUGCAUAUCCACGAGCACGAGUGUUCCUGUUACAUGGUCUCCAUCCCAUACUGGAGACCCGAGCACAUGACGGAGAUCACUAAACUAGACAUGCCGCAGAGAGUACGCAUCCCGGCUAAACACUACACCGAGGUAGGGAAGGAGAAGGUGCUGAAACUGUUGGAGUUACAGGAACAGGAACACUACGUGGUCACUAAGGAUGGCGUGAGGGACGUCCUGUCCAUACCUGCACAUCUGGACAUUAGAGUCAGUAUCAUGCCCAUGGCGUACCCUGGCGUGUUGCGUGGCCUGACGUCCCUCCAGCCGUGUCUCAACCUGACGCUGAACGUACGUGACGUCGGGCUGCCUCCACUGCCGCCGGAGUACGACGACGUCCCACUUCCGCUACCUGACGCCAUGGACUCAUGGAGGGAAAGUUGGGAAGGAAAACAGGAGUGUGAGGACCUCUCUAAGAAGGCUAACGACAAGCUGAAGGAGGAGAUGGCGCUGAUGCAGAACCACAUCGCGCAGCUCAAGCGGGACCUGGAGAACUCCGUACCGAUCAGGCCGCCCGAACCACUGCCGCGAAACCAGGUGUCACUACCGCCACCCAGGCCGCCGAAACCCAAGAGUCUGAGAGGUGACCCCAUCCCCCCAACAUCUCCCACGUCUCCAACGACGAAGUCCGAGAAGAAAGGCCUCAAGAAAGAAGUCAAGACGUUACUGAAAAAGGUACCGUCCUUAUCGUUCAAUAAAGACGACAAGCCGGAGAAGAAGGAGAAGGAGAAGACAACGUGGUUUGCGGGAAAGGAGACGUCCGAAGGUGCUCAAGACGGUGAAUACGAAGACGUCGAAAAUGUUUAUGACGAAUUAGACGAAGUCAAGGUUCAGGCCCUGCUGAAGGAACUCCGAGAACAGAUUUCCAAGAAAGAGGGGAUAAUCAGAGGCCUUAAAAGUGAAUUGGAACGGGAGAAAGGAUGGAAGAAGAAAUAUGAGGAUCUGGAGAAGAAACAUGACGACAACGUGCAGAUGAUCCAUGACCUCCAGACUGAGGUAGACCGGCUAUUGGUCCAACAGGACGAGGGGGCGUACGACACCGUGGGGAAUGCCGGGAAAACGGCCACCCUGCCAGAGUUCAACAGAGGUCACUACGACCUGCCCGUACGGCCGGGAGGGAUAGUGGAGACCCUCAGCAUACACGAGGUUGUGCAGUUGUUGUCGGAGUUGAACCUGCAGCAGUACAAGAAGACGUUUGAAGAUGAGCAGAUAGACGGCGAGCUGCUGUCGGGGCUGGAUGAAGACAUGUGCGUCAAGGAGCUCGGCAUGUCACGUCUUCACGCGCUCAGGCUUCUUAAGAAAGUCGGCAAACGUAAAGCCGAGGAAACGAAGUAGGGUCUUCAAGAUACCGUGCAACAGUGAAACGUUGGUUUUAAUCUCCAAGCAGAUAUAUGGCGCCGAUUUGUUUUACAGUGUGUAAACGCUUUCAUGCGUAACACACCAAUUUCCAUACUGUACCUACAAGCUGUUUGAAACUGGAUCGUAAGGUUUGAACCACUCACACCGGGAAGGACUCCUAACCUUUCUGAUAAGCGUGGUGGGUUCUUUUGAAACGUAUAUAAUCGUUAUGAAUGAAUCAAUGUGGAAAAAGUAUGAAGGAAAAUUGUUUAGAAAAUGUCUUUUACUCAAUAUACAUUAAUUACGUACUGCAUCAAGGUUGUGAAAUCUGUCUAGGGUAUAUCAUCAAGUAAUGUGUAUAGGUUAUAACAAGGAUAAGUGGAAGUUAGUGUUGACUAUAAUCUCAUUUACACUUCCGAGUACGCAUGUGCAGCGACAAGAAUUGUGGGUAAUAGGUCAAAGGUGAAGGC